AUGGAAAUGAGAGACCUGAGAAACAGUGUGGUCAAUGAUGCUGGAACCAGCACAGGACUUGGGGAAAAAACGAGGAGGACCAUGAAAACUCCAGGUGAGGGGGUGGCUGGUGCCAGAGUCCCGAACUCUCCAAAAAACUGGGAGCGGCACCGGGGUAGAGACCGGAUCCUUUCUGCCCUAGCUUCCCCCGGGAGCAGGGGCGUCCAAAAAGGUCUAUGUUUGCAUCCGCCACCGCCACCGCCAACUCGCGGAGCCAAAGAGACAGCGCCCCGCUGCAAUAGCAGAGCUCCAAGUUCAUUCCGGUUUCGAGGACACAACAGCGCCCCAGAUGAGAAGAAAGCAGAAAGAGGGGCCUCUGAGUGUCGCGGGGUGGCUGGUGAGGCCAGGUUCCGGAGUUGGGCAAGUGACCUCGGCGGCCAAGGUCGAGCGGGUCCCGCCGGCGAUGCCACCUUCGCCUUCGCGCCCGAACCGCCGGGGCCGCGCCGCGCGGGAGCUCUCGGGUCUCCGGGGCGGCGGGCCCACGGCCCUGCGGGAAGCCGGGGACAGCGGAGUCUCCCCGGGAGCGCGCAGGUGAGCGCCGGGCCCCGCCCUCAGCAUCCGCAGGCCGCGCUGCUCCAACUUCCCCGGCGCUCCCCAGAGCCCAGAGCGCCCGGCGGGGCUCCCCGAGUUCCUGCUCCCGCGCGCCGCGCGCAAGUCCCUGUCCCGGCUCCCGACGCCCCGCGCCGGCGCCUCCCGCCUACCCUCAUCUUUCCUCGGCGCCCAGAAAAAGUUUGGCCGGGCCCCGCGGGCCGGCGCCCGCACUCACCCAGAGCGGCUCGCGGCGGCGGGGGGGGGAUCCGCGGGCUACGCGAGCGCCGAGCUCCUCACAGCGGCCCCUUCUGCCCCGACCGCGACCGGGCUGUGGGAGGGGAAGAGGCCGCCGUGUCACCUGCCCGCUCUCCCACCCCGCCGCGUCACGCCGCGCGGCGCCGCCCCCGGUCCGCCCGCCGUCGCCGCCAGCGCCAGGUACCCGCGAGGGGCUGGAGGGAGGAGCCGCCCGCCGGGAGGGGCCUGCGGCCGCGGCCGCCUGGUUUCCGUCUGGUCGCGCGCGGGUCCCCGCGCGGUGUGGCGCUCGGCCCGGGAUGGGGGCCGCCGGCGGUUUCGGGAUAUCGGCUCUGGCCGUGGAACAGAUUCCAGUUCUUUCUGAGCACAAAUGUCAUCACCUGA